CUCUCUUGAUUGGGAUCAAGAAGAAGAAGAAGAAGAAGAAAACUUUAUGAUCUUCAUUUAGAGUACUUGCACUGUGCAAUGUACCACAAAGCAGCAGAAGCAAAACCCAGAGGCCUAAAGAGCACAUGCUUUCUCUGGCUUCUCACACUCUCUCUCUCUAGCCUCUAAGACUGUGACUCACUCACACUGCUCUCACCAUGACUGUGACUCUAAGCACUGUCAACCCUCUCUUUCCUCUCCCUAUUCUCUUCCUCCUCCUCGCCUCCCCCACAUCCUCUCAGCCCGACUGCAAGAGCUCCUGCGGCUCCAUCCCCAUCCACUACCCCUUCGGCACCGGCCCCGGCUGUGGAAGCCCCGUGUUCCACCCCCACGUCGCCUGCGACGGCGAUCAGCUUACCUUCACCACCCGCACCGGCUCCUACCCGAUCCAGUCCGUCGACUACGCCAACCAGGUGCUCUACAUCACCGACCCCUCCAUGUCCACAUGCUCGUCGACGUGCCGAAGCGACGGGUUCUCCCUCGACUGGAACGCGCCCUUCACCUUCGUGGACGGCGACGUCUUCGCCCUCCUCGACUGCUCCACCUCCCCCUCUUCCUCCUCCCCUCUCUUCGCGCCGAACAGCACCGACGGCGCCACGCCGCUGUGCGACACCACGAACGCGCCCAUCUGCGCCCUCCUCUACUCGUGCCCGGCGAUCAGCCAGCUCAACGUGCCCAUCUCCACCUGCUGCAUCUACACCCCGGUCACUCUCGGACCCACCUUCGAGAUGGACCUCAAGAAGCUGCAGUGCAGCUCCUACUCGGGCAUCUACAGCUUCAACGGCGACGAGACGUCCCCCGGCGGCUGGAAUUUCGGGGUGGCCCUCAAGUACCGGUUCAGCGUCGACGACGGCUAUCCGAGUGCAUGCGCCGACUGCGAGAAGAGCAACGGAGUCUGCGGGUACACGGGGAAGUACAACUCCUUCACCUGCAACUGCGUAAAUGGCAUGAACUCCCCCAUCAACUGCUACUUCGCGUCGGUCUCAUGGAGUGGUGGCGACAAGCUCGAUCCAUUGUGGAUGGGAUUUGGGUUGAUCUAUGCAUGGUGGCUUGUUGUUUGGAUCUUGCUGUAAAUGACACUUGUGAGAAGAUGGAUGAAGGUUCAAUAUAUCUAGUCUACUACAUAUAGCUAGAAUUAUGUGGUGUUUAGGAACUCGUUUUUGGAUUGUCCAGAUGUUAUCCAUUUUGUUGCUUGAGAUUGCAUAUGCUUAGCAGACUUCAAUAUGGGAAUUGCACAUCAAUGAUACACAAUAAAGAGAGUUUUUUUUU